GAUGUGCAGGCAGCUCACACCAUCCCCACCGGUCGGCGGGCAGAGUGAGAGCCGCUCGCUGAGGGAUGCACAAGGCAGGGCGAGCUCUGUGUGCCUGGCCCCGAGCCUGCUGCUGAAAUGAGUCCGUGUGGGCAAUGGGCGCAAUCGAAGGGGGGUUCGCAGCGCUGGAUGUUACAGCAAAAAACAUUUACGUAAGCGACAAGGCUGCCCCUCCUGACCGUCCCAGUGCUGCUGCGGGCAAGUGUGAACCCAGUGCAUUUCGUGUGUUAGACUGGAGAAGGUGCCGGAGACCCCGGGGGAAACCAUGCAGUUGGUGAUUUGGGUAGAAGGGCUGCUGUGUCAACUGUUUGUAUUCAUACCUCUUACUCGAGAAUUACGUUUACAUCCUAAACAAGAGAACUUCAUCAGGCAGCUGAGCUCCUAUGAGAUCACCUCUCCGAAGCGGCUCAACGAUUUCGGAGAGGCUUUCCCGCACACCCAUCACUUCAGGAGGACGAAGCGGAGCCCGGACUCGGAACCCUGGGCCUCCCGGACUCACUACCAGCUCCACGCCUUCGGGCAGCUGUACCGGCUCAACUUGAGCGCUCACUCGGACUUCAUCGCCGCCACGUACCGGGUCAGACACUUGGGCAGAGCGGAGCCUGGCAGCCUGCGCUCUGACUCUGAUCUGAAACACUGUUUCUACAGCGGGCAUGUCAACUCGGAGAUGCAGCACACCGCGGUGGUCAGUUUGUGCACUGGCAUUAUGGGCACUUUUCAAACACCUGAUGGACAAUACUUCUUGGAGCCUCUCAUGAAACCAGAUGGAGGGCAAUAUGAAGAUGAGCACAAUAAACCACACCUCAUAUACAAGCAUGGAGCACUGAAUAGCAAUCCUUUGGGAAAAACUUCUCAUCUAUGUGCAACGUUUGGGUAUUGGCUACUAGGCUUUGAAUUUAUCAGCGGCAGUUUGAUCAUUCUUGCCAAGAGUCAUCUGGGACCACGUGCUUUAGGGUGCGGAGAUAAGCCAGCUGAGUCGUCAACUUCAGCCAUAUCUCAGUGUGACCAGUAUCAUCAAAGGAGGAAGAGACUUGUGAAAAUGAACAAAGCUAGCAGUAUUAGAGAGCACCUCGAUACCUUACAGACUGCGAUUAGACCGACGCGUCCUCAGACUGAAGAGUCCAAGUUGGGCAAUGUCACCCAACAGCAUUCGAGACAAAAACGCUUUUUGUCAUACCCAAGAUUUGUAGAGAUCAUGGUCACUGCUGACAACAAAAUGGCGCAACACCACGGGAGGAAUUUGGAGCACUACAUUUUAACACUAAUGUCAAUAGUAGCUGCAAUCUACCGAGACCCAAGUGUUGGUAACCUCAUCAACAUUGUCAUUGUGAAGUUAAAUGUGAUUCAUAAUGAACAGGAAGGACCAUCCAUCAGUUUUAAUGCAGCUACAACUCUUCAUAACUUCUGUAUGUGGCAACAAACACAGAACAUCCUGGAUGAUGCACACCCAUCCCAUCAUGACACUGCAGUCCUCAUCACUAGGGAAGACAUUUGUAGAGCUAGAAACAAGUGUGAUACUUUGGGAUUAGCAGAACUUGGUACAAUGUGCGAUCCAUAUCGCAGCUGCUCCAUUAGUGAAGAGAACGGUUUAAGCGCUGCUUUCACUAUAGCUCAUGAACUGGGACAUGUGUUCAACAUGCCUCAUGACGAUAGCUUCAAAUGCAAAGAGGCUGGAAUGAAGCACCAGUACCAUGUGAUGGCUCCAACCCUGAACUACCAUACCAGCCCAUGGACCUGGUCCAAGUGUAGCCGCAAAUAUAUCACCGACUUUCUGGACACUGGAUAUGGAGAAUGCCUGCUCGAUGAGCCAGCAACAAGGAGCUAUGACCUUCCAACCCAGUUACCCGGUCAAAUCUAUGAUGCGAACAAGCAAUGUGAACUAAUGUUCGGUGCUGGAUCACAAGUUUGCCCCUACAUGAAACAAUGCAAGCGACUAUGGUGCACGAGUGUGGAAGGUGUACACAGAGGCUGCCGGACACAGCACAUGCCACUGGCUGAUGGAACUGAUUGUGGUCAUGGAAUGCAUUGUCAGCAUGGGCUCUGCGUGAACAAGGAAGUGGCAGCGAGGCCAGUGGAUGGAGAGUGGGGACCCUGGGGAUCAUACGGAGCAUGUUCGCGGACAUGUGGUGGAGGGAUAAGGAGUGCAGUAAGAGACUGCAACAAGCCAGAACCCAGAAAUGGUGGGAAGUAUUGUGUGGGUCGCAGAAUGAAAUUCCGAUCCUGUAACACAGACCCUUGUCCGAAGGGGAGGAAGGACUUCAGAGAAGAGCAAUGCUCAGAGUUUGAUGGGAAGCAUUUUAACAUCAAUGGUUUGCCGCCAAAUGUUCGUUGGCUUCCAAAGUACAGUGGCAUUCUGAUGAAGGAUCGGUGCAAACUUUUCUGCCGUGUGGCUGGAACUACAGCAUAUUAUCAACUGAAAGACCGUGCCACUGACGGUACCCCUUGUGGGCCUGAUACAAAUGAUAUCUGCGUGCAAGGCUUGUGCAGGCAAGCUGGAUGUGAUCAUGUACUGAAUUCCAAAGCCAGGCGGGAUAAGUGUGGAGUGUGUGGUGGAGAUAAUUCCUCAUGUCGGACUCUGGCUGGCACUUUUGAUAAUGCACAAUAUGGAUAUAAUGUUGUAGUGCGAAUACCUUCAGGAGCAACUAAUAUUGAUGUACGACAGCACAGCUAUUCAGGGAAACCAGAAGAUGAUAACUACCUCGCAUUAUCUGACAGUCGAGGUAAUUUCAUCCUGAAUGGAAACUUUGUGGUGAGCAUGUUUAAGCGAGAAAUAAGUGUGCAGGGAGCCACGAUUGAAUACAACGGCUCAGAUAAUGAUGUGGAACGCAUUAACUGCACUGACCGGAUUGAGGAAGAGCUGAUUUUGCAGGUUUUAUCUGUUGGAAAUUUGUACAACCCCGAUGUCCGUUACUCUUUUAAUAUACCCAUAGAGGACCAACUGGAGAAGUUUGUUUGGGAUCCAUAUGGUUCAUGGCAAGAGUGUAGCAGGGUGUGCCAAGGGGAACGGAGGAGAAAGGUGGUUUGUGUGCGUAAGAGUGACCACUUGGUUGUUUCUGACCAAAGAUGUGAACAUUUGCCUCGCCCAGUACCCGACACUGAGCCAUGCAACACAGAAUGUGAAGUAAGGUGGCACGCAGUAGGUAAGAGUGAAUGUACGGCACAGUGUGGACCAGGCUAUAGAACGCAAGACAUUCACUGCAUAAAGUAUACCCACGACAAGGGACCAAGUGAGUCAAUAGACGACCGAUACUGCAGGGAUCAGCCAAAACCGCCUAGCAGAGAGCCCUGUCAUGGUGACUGCCAGAGAACCAGUUGGCAUUAUACAUCCUGGUCACAGUGCACAAAACCCUGUGGUGGUGGAACCAAGACUCGGGAAGCAUACUGCAUGAACAACCUUGGCAGACGCCUGGUUAACCAAGAGUGCAAUGAGCAUCAGAAUGUCAUUUCUCAUAGAUGCAAUGAAUUUCCUUGCCCUGAAUGGACAGCCAGCGAAUGGAGUGAAUGUCUCGUGACAUGUGGAAAGGGCACAAGACAUCGACAAGUAUCUUGUAUACUGAACAAUGAACCACUGAGGGACGAUUUUUGCAAUCCAAGUACCAAGCCAGAGGCUGUAGGAACCUGUGAGCUACAGGAGUGUGCGUCAUGGCAAGUUGGGGCUUGGGGCCAGUGUGCUGCUACUUGUGGGCAUGGAUACCAAAUGCGUGCAGUGAGGUGUAUAGUUGGUGCUUAUGGUGCAAUUAUAGAUGACAGAGAGUGCAAUGCUGCAACUCGUCCAAGGGAUAGCCAGGACUGUGAACUGCCUCCUUGUUUGGAACCAUCAAAGAUAGUCACAACCACAAGUCCAGCUGUUCAGAGAAGGAUAAUGACCCAGUGGAGAUAUGGAUCCUGGACUCCUUGCUCGGUUAGCUGUGGGAAAGGAGCACGUGCUCGCUACGUUAGCUGCAGAGAUGCUCAAGGUGGUGUUGCUGACGAAUCCUUCUGUGCCCACUUGCCUCGUCCUCCUGAGAUGUCAACGUGCUUCAGUCCCUGUGGACAAUGGCAUGCUGGAGAGUGGUCGCCGUGUUCUGUCAGUUGCGGUUCUGGGACGGUCACUCGUCAGGUUGUUUGCACUAGCUACCACCAUCAAAUCACAUUCACGGACGAGAGCGACUGCAAUGCCAUGGGGAAACCGUCUCAGGAGCAGGAAUGCAGCAUGCCCCCAUGCCCCCGGACGCAUCACCAACAUGAUUACCCUGCACAGUUCCCACAGCGCAACUAUCCGCAAACCCAUCCAGACCAACCUACCCACGACAUGCCCGGUCAGAAAACGUGGAACAGCCCAUCACGGGAGAGUCAGUGGCGGACAGGACCUUGGGGAGCAUGCUCGAGCACUUGCACAGGUGGAUUUCAGCGACGGGUAGUCGUCUGUCAAGACGCAGAAGGACGUCCUGCUAAUGACUGUGAUGAAAGAGUGAAGCCGGCAGAGACCAGGCACUGCGAUGCUGGAACAUGUCCUCAUUGGAAUUAUGGCAACUGGGGUGAGUGUACACAGCCAUGUGAUGGUGGGACAAGAACAAGGCUGGUCAUCUGCCAACUGCCAAAUGGUCAAAGACUGAAUGACCAAAACUGUGACAUCUUGGAAAAGCCUCCAGAUAGGGAACAGUGCAACAUGCAUCCUUGUCCUGGUGGUGUUUUAUGGCAUCGAGGACCAUGGAAUUCGUGUUCUGUAAGCUGUGGAAAGGGCACCAAGCAGCGAGAUGUCUACUGCACUGACAUGAAGCAGGUAGCUGUGGAUAACAAGUACUGUGAGCACUUGAAGAAGCCUCGAGUAUAUAAAGUGUGUCGGGCAGGACGAUGUCCAGCCUGGAAGGCCACUCGAUGGAAACAGUGUUCGGUGACCUGUGGAGUAGGAUAUCAGCAAAGAGAGGUCUUCUGCCGGCUGAGGGGUGUAGGUCGAAUAAGUGAAGAGACGUGCAAUCCAUUCUCUCGUCCAGCCAGCACACAGCAGUGCCGGCUGCCUGACUGUUUGCAGAAUGAAUGGCUUGCAGAUGAAUGGGAAGAUUGUUCCACAUCAUGCGGUCAAGGUGUGCAAAACCGCAAGGUGCUAUGUGUCAAUCACAUUCAGAAGCAAAUGGAAGAAAGCUACUGCAACCAUUCAGCAAGACCCCCUUCUGUGCGCCAAUGCAUUAUUGCACCUUGUGAAUACAUAUGGAUUACAGGGGAAUGGUCGCAGUGUUCAACAAGCUGUGGCCCAGGAUAUCAGCAAAGGAUGGUUUACUGCACUGAGAUCCACUCCAGCCAAGAUCAUUAUUCUUACGACUUACCAUCAAUAUCAAACAGUGGAUGCCCUGGUAUACCACCUGCCAGUGUACAUGAAUGUAAUAUCAGAGAGUGUCACCCAACAGCCAGCUGGAGGGUGGGAGCCUGGAGCAAGUGCUCAGUGACCUGUGGUGUUGGGAUAAUGGAGCGAAAAGUACAAUGCUUGACUGAUAACAGUCAACUGAGUGAACUGUGUCUUCCAAAUCAAAAGCCACAAUUCCAGACUCCUUGCUUCAACAAUGCUUGUGAUGUUUCAGCAAGUUGCAGUGAUAUCCAGAAGACAAAAGAAGUUCAGAAGGAUGGAGAGUACCUGCUAAAAAUUGAAGGCAAAAUAAUAAAGAUAUAUUGUGCAGGAAUGCAUUCUGAUUAUCCCAGGGAGUAUAUCACUUUAUCGAGCGGAGAGGCAGACAACUACUCUGAGGUCUAUGGAUACAGGCUCCACAAUCCCUACGAAUGCCCUUAUAAUGGAAACAGAAGAAAAGAUUGUUCUUGUAAAAAUGACUAUCUGGCAGCUGGGUACACUGUGUUUCACAGAAUCCGCUUCGAUAUUAGCACAAUGCAGAUCAUAAUUACAGAUUUGCAUUUUGCUCAGACAGUUCAUGGGAGGUCAGUACCAUUUGCGACAGCAGGAGAUUGUUACAGUGCUGCCAAGUGUCCCCAGGGACAAUUUAGUAUUAACCUAAGUGGUACUGGUCUGAAAAUAUCCGAAGCGUCAAAAUGGAUUGCACAGGGAAAUUACGCUACAGUCAAUGUACACAGAUCACAGGAUGGCACAAAGGUUUAUGGAAGAUGCGGUGGCUACUGUGGAAAAUGUGUUCCGCAAACAAGUACUGGUCUUCUGAUGCAAGUACAGUAAAGAUGCAGGAGUGACACGACAUUUGCAGAAGUUCAAGGAAAAAUUAAACCACCAUGGAGAUUGGGACCUGACUGGAGGCAAUUUAUCACUAUGGAGAUAAUGAACCAGUCCAGAUGCCAGCAAUCUUUCGGAAUUAAUGUUCAUUGUCUUAUCAAUGGCAGCUGUUAGAGUGCAAUGAUUAUUUUAUCACUUAAUUAUUUGGAACACACAUUAUUAGCUUGCUGGUUUAAAUUUAAUGUUCAAGCCCAGGUCAGACAGUUUUGACAUCAAAUGAACGGCCUAAAUUGCUUAUGUGACCCCCAGUGUAGGAUAGGACAGGAAGAGUGCUGAAGCAUUGGAAAUUAAAAACCAAAGUUCAUGUUUAAUGUUUUGCAAUGGCUGUCUGGACACAUUCAUUUUUCCAAUGCCAGCCACCCAUUCCUAAACAUCAGUCCCUCUCCCUGUUAAUUCUGGGAACUGUUGGUUUGAUAGGACAUACCGCAUCAGUGACAAUGUCAUAUCACCAACUGGAAGUUGUCUUUUUGAAGGAGUGACCUUAAGGCAAUAAUGGUGUUUAAAGAGUUUUUUGAGUUUGAAUUUCCAGAGUUUGUUAAUUAUUAUAAUGUUCAAACAGGUAAAAAUACUGAAAGUAAGGAAAAUAAACUAUGGUUUGACGAUGGUAACAUGCUGCAUGACAAGGGUAUGUUACUGGUGCUGAUCUUAAAGUAUCAAUUCAGUCACUGUCAUUUCUGUCUUAAAUGAUGAGAUAUGUUAUCUGUGUCUCUGCUUAGCACAGGGCAGCUACAACGUAUGAUGAUGUCCCAGUGAUAUUGCUACUUGUGUAAGCAUUUUCAGUUUGCUGGUCCGAGUGCCGCUUCAAAUCACAGAAAUAGGUAGUGUAACUGAAACAGGUGAUGACACAGAUCACUUGAACAUUUGCUAAUUGCAAAGAAAUUGGCUCUGUAGGAAGUUAUGGUCUUACUGCUCCAGCAGUUAGCAGUUCGAAAGGGAGAAAGUGUGUUGGAGCACAGUACACCGUGCUCUAUCAAUCACUGGUUCUUGUUGCAGUAAGUACGUUACUUAAGGAAGCAAAGUUUAUUUUAUUUUGCCAGCCAUGUUCAAAACAGUUCUGACUUUUGUCAAAACUAUCAACCCCAAGGGGGGAAAUUAGUCCACUGUCGAUAGGGGGAGAAAGAUGGAGGACAUUAUUGCAAACCGUAGAAACAUCACUCCACUCUAUAAAAUCCAAUCAUGCUGGUUUUGUGAGCAUUCUAACUCCGUCCUUCUAAUCCUACCAACUUUCUUUUGCUCAUUUUGUGGGCAAAAUCAGAUUCAUACUUGUCUCCUUACCAAGUGACAGGAGUGAGGGAUCAAAAAAAAUGGUGACGGAACUGGAUUGACACUUCUGCUAUGCGAACUACAGCCCUCUCAGAUUGGCAAAUGCCACGUGAUUUUGUUUUGACUUUGGGCACCAAGAGUGGUUGUCAGAAUAUAUUUUGCUUCUGGUUAUUACCUCCCUUUCUUGCUAUGUCCUCUCAACUCUGGUGUCAGAAACUAGGGACUAACGUUAACCCUGAUGCUGCCCUGGGCCUGGCACCAAAGCAUUUAGGAGCUCUUAUUCCCAAACGUACUUAAUUCCUCCAGUUAAAAAAAUAGUUGUAGGGAGAACACCAAAGCAAUCAGAGUCUGUAGUGAACACUGGCCUGAGUGGGAAAGCUACCUCUCUUAGCAAAAAGAUGUAUAUAAAAAAAAGAUAUAUUUUAUUUUGUUGUAAAAUAUUUAUGCACUGUCCUAUUUAUUUUGAUAUUUUUUGUACGUAUGCAUUUAACUACUAAAAUUGUGUUAGUUAUCAAUUAUUACCCCGUCAGCCACCAUUAAUUCUUCUAUAAAAGUGAUCGGACAUUUGCGUGCAAGGUUUAGAGAGGGGGGACAUGACAUAGUCACCAUUUUGUGGAUUACCGUUAAAUUGAACAGUUAUGAUGAGCAAGCUGAGCCGCCAGCAUAGCAGUGCACUGACAUUUCUCAAUAUAAAUAACAGAGCUGCCUGUUUACAUAAAUUAACUUACAAAGUUUAAAAACAAACACAAACUGAACUGAGAUAACAAGGUGUAGAACUGGAUGACUCUACACAGCAGGUCAAGCAGCAUCAGAAAAGCUUCAUUUUUCUGAAGAAGGGUCUAGGCCCAAAACGUCAGCUUUCCUGCUCCUCUGAUGCUGCUUGGCCUGCUGUGUUCAUCCAGUUCCACACCUUGUUAUCUCAGAUUGUCCAGCAUCUUGCAGUUCCUACUAUCUCUGGAACAAACUGAACUGCUGUGAAUAAUAAAGGUGCUAUUGUUGCUGCCUACUACUGAUAACCAUGGUUGUAUUGACACUAGCAUAAAACUUGUAAGCUCUACCAACUGUAUUACUCUACUGUAAAAUGCUUAAAAAGGCCAUUGUCCUUCUGAUAUGGCCUAUUGCAGGCAAGACUGCAAGAAAUAAUCAAACAACAAUAAACCAAAGUCUUCAUCGUUUGCAACAAGAGAUUGUAUCAAGGCUUUGCAAUGGAGAUAACUUAAUAUUCCGUUUGCAAAUGAAGUUUGGCACAAAACACGCAUUGUGCAAGACAUCUCAUCAUUCUGACCUCAUUCCUUUAUACCAGUAUAAUGUAGGUAUUGAUUCAGUAAACCCUGAACUGUAAUAUGAAAGGUAUUUACAAUAUAUACCAAUAUACUUCUUUGUGAGAUGAGACGUGCACAGCAAUUUCUGAAGUUUUCGAAUUCAGAAUUUUCCGGUUUUCAGAUUUAACCGUUAAUCCCAUUCUGGAACAACAAUUAUUUUUCUAAGAAUACAAAUGCCCAAAUAAAUUUUUAAAGGCAGUUCAUCUCCCUUGCUAGGGAACGCUUUACUUGCCACCAAAUGAGCAAAUGUAAACAGGUUAGAACUACAAAGUAUGAAAGCGAAAUCUUAAUCUGUUCUCAUCUCAAACAGCCAAUGCAGAUCGCAAGGUGUAGCUGUUGGGAGCAGGAACCAAUGCAGUUGUAACACCCCUAUAACUUAGGGUGGAGGGGUGGGAUACUCUUCCAAGAGAUGCAAUGGAUCGAAUGGCCUGCUUCCAUGCUGUCGGGAUUCUAUGUAACUGUCCCAGCCCCAACUAUGUGGAGCUUGUUAGCACUGAACUAAAUGGAGCGCUUUUGGUGAAAUGGAAGUGUCCCUAUCUGCCCCAAAGGUUUGUAAUAGCAACUCUGAACAGAUUGUUUAGAAAAACAUGUAGGACUGAGUUAAUAGAGAAAUACAUCAAAAAUUGUAGACUGCACCUGAAGUCUGAUCAACAGAAAUUUCUCUCUUUUUGAAGAAAAACAAGGCACUCUGUCUUUAAGGAAUGGUUUUCUUGUUCUGACCUUAUUUUACAGUAUGUUAAGACAAACUGAUGACAUUAUUAUUUAACUACAAACUUUUAUGUAUACUGAUUUAACUUGUGAAAAAAUCUACACUAAAACAGAUUCAGCAUGAUAGCAGCCAAUUGUUCACAGUCAUCAUUUAUGAAAAACAAAAAGGUGCCUUUAUUAUAAUGAUCAUCUCUUAUUAGGUGCUCUUACCAGGAUUGCAGGCUACUGUCAUCCUGUCAAAUCAGUAAAAUAAAUUCAGGUUUGAUCUGUAAAUGUCUUUUAUUACGGUGCUCAAGUGUAAAACAUACUCAGCGUCUGUACAACUCUGAGCUCAGCAGGUAGAUAAAGAGUAUACAAAUUUUGCACGGCAGUUCUCAGUUAUUUUAAUGGAGCUGAAAUUCUACUUAUUUUACUUAGGUUAAGACUCACCACUAAAAUAGCAGAUGGAGGAAUGCUGUUACUAUAUUUCUUUUGGCGUUGCUUCUCAGUACUUGGCCAAUAUUACACCAACAGUAUGUUUUAGACUAGUAGAUUUCAAAAAAGUACUUUUAAUAGGACGUGUGUAUUAAAAACUGAAAACUGCAGGAAGCAGAAUUGCCUCAGAUACUGUAUUAAAAUUUAAUUUAAAGAAGUGACCUUACCUUUUGGAAUAUAGUUGUAACUGUAUCUUUACACUGAAACUUAUACAAGGGUUCUUAUUUUCAUUCCUCCAUCAUUAUCAAGGGAGCUCAAGAUUUAACUCAAACAGGAUUAUCAAUGGUAAAGAUAUUUUAAGUAAAUAGCUUUGAUAAGCUAUUUAUAAAAAGUAGAUGCUGAAUACUAUUUACUUUCUGUUAACCAUACUGGUAGAUGUGGAAGAAAAAUUAAGUUCUGUGUCUGCUUGAAUUCCUCCCCGCUAAUUUAUUUUAGUCAUGUUUUCAGUACGUUAAAAUUAUAUUUUAUUACAAUCACUAUUGGAGGAAUAGGUGAUCAUGAAUUCAAGCAUUUGAUCUGAAAGAGCUUUUGAACAUAUUUCAUUGUAUUUUAGAAUAAUUCUUCAGAAUUUUCUUGCUAAUUAUAUGAUAGCUUUCUUACAUCCAUGCUGUUCUUUUGUUUAAAAUCACAUGUAAACCAAAGCUGAAGGCUAACCAAAUUAAACAUAGAUGCAGGUUUUAGUAAAUAUCAAAAACGUCUUUUUAAGAUACAUGUUUGGAAUCAUAAUAAUGCGAGUUACUAAUCAAACUUAGCAUGCAUGCUUGAUACAAGUCCCUAACAAUAAAAAAAUUUAAUCAGGGGAAACAAAGGAAGUACAAUUUGCACUAAAGUGCCACAAAAAUAGUUGUGAAACUAUGCUGUGUACUACUCUUGUUGUUUAAUAUUUUCUACAUAAAUAAACAGCGUAUUGAUAAUUGUCAAUGUGUGUUCCAUGAAAUGCUACUUGAAACUUUGUAACAUGACUAUUGGCUAUAAUAUUUGAUUUCAAUAAUUCAUACAACAGAGCAGACUAAGAGAGGAAUUGCAAGGCUUUGAGCUUGCGUUACUGCAGUCUCUGAAGAGGUCCAAGGAGUGUAUUUGCAAAAAUAAAUUUGGUAUAAAAGGACAGCUAUUAAAUUGGCGUGGUGCUAUGACUGCAUGUCUACUGUAAUGCUUCAUUUGUCUCUUAUAAUGUAUUGAUUUAAGUCACAGUUGACUUUAAAACCAUAAUAUUCCCAAAUAAAUUUAUUGUUAUUUCAUA